UGUGUCAACGUAAACAUAAUGCGACAACGUUUUUGGGAGGCGAGCUGGGUUUAUAUGUGCAUAAAACUAUGUCGUUCAAAUUGUCUUUUGUAUGGGAGAUCUGAACUUGUGAGCGCAUGGGCUUUGUCCAUCCAUACAUUGUAAAUAUUUUGUGUUCCUUCCCCAGUACCUAUAGCGAAGCAUUUCUGCACGGAACUAUUUGUAAAGCAAAGCAUUUUUGACUGUAAACAUGUCGCUAACGGAUAAGGAGUAUUAUAAUCUGAGCAUCAGUAUUUCCAAAGCGCUCAGCAAUGUGGAAAUGCCCAUCAAGGUGAAGCACGUCCGGGCCGCUAUCAUCGGCACAUUCCACAGCAAUGGUGGCCACGCGUUUUGGGCCAUCGCUAUCCGGCAACCGAUACAGGACAAUCGCAUCGUGGCGUGGAAGUUUUGCCAUCUGCUGCACAAGAUAUUGCGCGAGGGCCACCCGCUCUGCUGUGCACAUUCGAUGCGGCACCGGGCGAUGCUGCUGGAGGCGGGCAAACUAUGGGGCCAUCUGACCGAUGGCUACGGUAUCUGUAUUAAGCACUACACGAAGCUGCUGGUGACGAAGCUCGAAUUUCACGAUCGCAACCCGCGCAUACCGGGCAGCCUCUCGCUGCGCCAGGGCGAUCUGGAAAAGAUAGGCGAAGGAGACAUUAACAUUUACUUCCAGCUUGCCGUUGAGAUAUUCGAUUAUCUGGAUGAUAUCGUAGCGGUGCAGGCGACAAUAUUCAAUUCCAUCACAACGUUCUGCGUCAGCUCGAUGACGUCGGCGGGUCAGUGCCGGUUGGCACCGUUGAUUCCUUGCAUCCAGGACUCGAACCCACUGUACGAUAUGCUUGUGCGGGUGAUGUUCAAACUCCACGCCAACUUACCCUCCGAUCUGCUCACCGGUCAUCGGCAGCGUUUCGGUACGCUAUUCCAUCAGCUGAAAUCAUUCUACGGCCAGUCGCGUAAUUUGCAGUAUUUCGUCAACCUGAUCACCGUACCGAAGCUACCGGAGGCACCGCCCAACUUCGAGCAGCAAAGCGAUCUCGGCAACUACCAGACGCCGGUGGUGGUGAUGCCCGACAGCGAUCCGAUCGACAAUGAGCCGGAACCCCCAGCGAUUGACAAUCUAAUAGAUACGGCCGAGGCAACCCCACCGAUACCGGAGCUACCGCAUGUGAACAGCCACCAUCAGCAGGCCGCCGCACCGGUCGUUCCGGUGGCACAAGUGAUGGAGCUCGAGCGGUUGAUCCAGGAGCGGGACGAUCUCAUACGCCACCUGCAGAUGGAAACGCAACGAUUGUCCAACCAUCUGAAGGCGGUUUCGAUCGAGCAGCGUGAUGUGCAGUGCCGUAUGGAAGGCCAGAUAGCUACACUUAAUGCACAGCUCACCGAGAGCCAGGGAGAGCUAACGAAUCUACGGUUUCAAAAAGAGGAGCUUGAGCUGCGUACCCAAACGGCACCAAAUCUGGAGCAGCGAGCACAAGCGGAAGAGGAACGUGCGAAAGCCAGUGAGGAAAAGUUCCAAAAGCUAAAAACAAUGUACACGCAGAUACGGGACGAACAUGUCAACUUACUGCGUCAGCACGGUGAAAUUAGCAAACAGUUAGCAUCAUCAACGAAAGUGGCGGCGGAAGCGAGCAAAGCAAAGGAAGAACUGCAAUGCCAACUGCAGGAGCUCGAGCAAAAGCAAGCGCUUGUGGCGAACGCCCUACAGCAAAGUUCGAACGACGCACGACAGGAGCAGGAAGCUAUCAGCGAGCAACUGCAGAACAUGACGCAGAAGUGUGAAUCACUGCAAGGUCGCUACGAUGAGAUGGAAGCAUCGCGCCAAGCAGAAAUUGCGGAGCUUCGCUACAGCCUGGAACGGCUGGAGGGUGAACUGCAAACAUUCCAGCAAGAUCGUGACACCCUGUCGAACGAGAAGGGCACGCUAGAAGGCCGGCUGUCCGAGAUACAGAGUGAAAAGGAUGAGCUGGGUUUGAAGUACGAGCAAUGCCUGGGGAAGAUUGCUGAGCUUGAGCUUAAGACUGAUACGUACGCAAAGGAGGAAAUGUCUUUGCAGCAAAGUGUAAACGAAAAUUCACUUAAAGCACAGGAACUUUCCGAUCGAAUCGAACAACUGCGGGCGGAAAAUGAUGCACUCAAACAAAACUACACCGAACUGGAAGCAGCCAAAGCGUCACAGGAGGCAGAAUACCAGCGGACGCAUCAGGAGGAACUGCUUAGGUUCGAUUCGUUGCAGACGGAAAUGGAUGAAAAGCUGACCGCUCUCGCUACGGAAAAGGAUUCGAUAGCGGGUGAAAAGCAACAAACAUGGGAACAACUGUUAAUGCUACAGUCCGAAACCUCCCAAAAGCAGGCCGACUUUGAGUCGUUGGAAAAGGACCUUAAAUCCGUUCUGGAGCAAAAGGAUCACGAACUGGAGGAGCUAAAUGCAAAGUAUCGCGAACUGGAAGAGAAAUAUCAGAGUCUAGAUGCAAAUAUGGAACGAUUGCUUUCCGAAAAGGAAACGAUCGAAAUUGAUCUGCAAGAUUUACUUCACCAACAGGAGCAAACGGAACAGAAGCUGCAAGCCGCGCUCGCGCGACUGGGCGCGACAGAGACCGCCUUGAUCGAUAGUAAAAUUAGUGGCGAAACGGCACUCCGCACACUGCUGGAAGCGUGUAUUAAAUCGUCGGAAAAGUUGACACUGCGCGCCAUCGGCGAGAAUGAAAUGCCCGGUGCCGGAGGAACGCCGACCUACUUCCUGAUGAUUGCCGAAGAGCUGCAGGAGGUGCUCACUAAGCUGAAGAUGGUGCACGAGAACUACCUGAAGGAUAAUUCGACGAACGUUGAAUCGCUGGCACGGAAAGUUAUUAGCGGUGCUCACCUGCUUGCUUCGGCCCACGUACAGGGCAUGACCAUAUGCAACCGAUCGGCCAACAUUGAAAGCGGCGAACGCAUUGCAGAAGAGUUGAAAAAGCUCGGCCAAUCGAUCACGACCCUCUUCCAAUCGCUGCAGAAAACGAGCGAAGCGAGCACAGUCAGCGAGCAUAUCACCGAUUUAAAGGUGAAGCUGGAAGAGGUAACAACGAUGAUCGUGGAUCUUGGCAAGCAAACCGAUGGCACCGAGAAUUUGGGUGAUAUGGUUGAGUCGGAACUGAGCAGCAUGGAUAAGGCGAUAGAGGAGGCGGCAUCGCGUAUUCAGGAAAUGCUAUCGAAAUCCCGUGCCUCCGAUUCGGGCAUAAAAUUGGAGGUGAAUGAAAAGAUUCUCGAUGCCUGCACGAGUCUCAUGCAAGCGAUAAGAGUAUUGGUGCAGAAAUCCCGCUUGCUGCAAUCGGAAAUUGUCGGACUCGGCAAGGGAACCGCUUCGGCGAAGGAAUUCUACAAGCGCAACCACCAAUGGACGGAGGGAUUGAUAUCGGCGGCGAAGAGCGUAGCCCAAGGAGCCAAUUUCUUAGUCACGGCGGCAAACAAAACGGUUGCCGGUGGAGCGAAACAUCAGCUGGAUUUAGUAGUUGCCGCCCAGGAGAUCGCAGGCUGUACGGCUCAACUGGUAGUAGCUAGCCGCGUGAAAGCGCCCCGCUCCAGCACCAACCUGACGGCGCUCGGUACGGCAUCGAAGAACGUUACGCAAGCCACCGGGAUUGUUGUUGCCACGGCAAAGGACUGUAGCCAGCGGCUCGAAGAUUCGCAGGAUCUCGAUCUCGGCACACUGACGGUACAUCAGGCCAAAACGAAGGAAAUGGAGAUACAGGUAAAGGUGCUGGAGCUGGAGCAAGCACUGCAGGUUGAACGGAUGCGAUUGGCUUCGUUCCGCAAAAAGAACUACCAACAACCGGUGGAGGAGUAGUUACAUCGGUUACAGUUCCCGGGACAAUCACGCAUUGUUUCUCCCAAAGUAUAGACGCUUUUUUAGUGUAAGGGGGAUUGCGGGUCAAACGUUUGCAACUAUCCUUUUGUUUCCUAAAUGGCGCCCAAACGAUACGGAACACACACACCGAAAUCACAUCUGUCUGUGCUUCAUUAGCUCUCUGGUGAAGGAGAUGCAUUACUACCGUUUGUGACCUUAUUUGGCAAUCAAUGCUUUGAACAUCAAAUAAUGUUUAUAGCAAUUCACAGCACGAGGGCUGCACGUGACGACAGAUUGUUUAAUUGUUUUAAAAGUUUGUUAUAUUUAUGUUACAACGCAUCAGAGCCACGCAUAUCAACCUAAGCAAUUAAGGGCAACGAUAGGCAACAUCGACAUUAUUCGGUAAGAAUAGCGCUUCAUCAAUCGUUAUAGUGUUAAUGGCGUAUUUAAAGUUUUGUUACAUUUAAGGCAGCGUAAUGCAAACCAACAACAAAAAACCCGUUAUAUUGAACAUGUAUUUCUUGCAUCGAACAUUGAGUAUAUUGCUACAUACAAAAUAAACAUCGUGAUUAAG